UGCAUUAAAGCAUACUGUGAAGAGGGUUAGAGCUCUUUUGCAUGCUUAGGGUUUCUCUUCUUUUUCAUGCUUGUUUUCUUGAAGCAAAAAUGAGGGGAGUUUUGGGACGUACUUUUGUGCUUGUUGCCUUCCUUGCUUUGGUUCUUGAUGGGGUGGUUUUGGCGGAUGUGAAAGGUGCUAAGGAUGAGAAACAUUUGUUUGGUCCUAGACCUCAUCCAGGACUAUUUGGAAGAAAGGGUUUUAAACAUGGGAUUGGUGGAGGUCUAGGUGGUGGUUAUGGAGGUGGAGCUGGAGGUGGUUUGGGUGGUGGAGGAGGAUUAGGUGGAGGGGGUGGUCUUGGUGGUGGUGGUGGGCUAGGUCAUGGUGGAGGUCUUGGAGGUGGUUUGGGUGGUGGAAGUGGUCUUGGUGGUGGCGGAGGUCUUGGAGGUCUUGGAGGGAGGUCUUGUCUUGGAGGUGGUGGGCUAGGAGGUGGUGGUCUAGGUGGCGGUGCAGGUGCAGGUUUUGGAGGUGGAGCUGGUGGAGGAGCUGGUGGGGGUGGAGGAUUUGGUGGAGGUGGUGGUGCUGGUGGAGGCUUAGGUGGUGGUGCUGGUAGUGGCUUUGGAGGUGGUGCAGGAGGUGGCCUUGGAGGUGGUGGUGGCGGCUUUGGCGGUGGAGGAGGAGGAGGAGGCGGUGCAGGGGGAGGUUUCGGCGGGGGAGCAGGAUAUGGUGCUGGCGGAGGUUUAGGGGGUGGUCUUGGUGGUGGCGGAGGAGGUGGCUUUGGAGGGGGUGGAGGUAUUGGAGGUGAUCACAAUUAAGUUCUGCAAUGCCUCCAAUUCUCGCAUGACCAAAUCUCUCCUACAUUGCGAGCUGUAUUUGUAGUAUUCUGUUUUGUUGACAAAGUUUCAUAUGUUCUUUUACCAGUGUCUUCUUCAAGCGUGGAUUAUUCUUGAUUGUGCACCAAGAAAUGUAAUUUAGGCAAUGGUACAAAAAGACCAUUCCAAAUAUAUUACUACUAUUACUUUGGGACUGUUCACUUCUAACUAAUAUGAAUUUGCAUGAGCAACUUGUGGAAUAAAUGAUUCAACCAAUAUCCUA